UUUUUGUUUCAGGAUCAUAAUAGACAGCUCUUGAAUCACCUCACCAAUGCAGAGAAGAUUUUUCUAUUUGGUGCCAACCCAAAUGAAGCACAAUUUGAAAUAGCACACUUAAAACUGCGAAAACGUCGCAAAAGAUCUUUGUUUCACGAGGAUCAAGAUCUAAUCGAGCUUAAAAAAUAUUUAGAUGUGAAAUUGAGUCCUAGAAACAGUUUCCUAGACCCUCAGUUCCUGCUGAUGAAAAGGUGGUCCAAUACUACAGAAGCACUUCUUGAUCAGCACACUGAUGAGGAGUUAGAUCAGUGUUAUUACAAAAGCGAUAAUGCUGCACUUUAUGUCUGUGAAGAUGUGCGAGGUUUAGUCAAAUCAAAUGGCAGUUACUACAUAAUUCACCCGUUACCAGACAGAUUUCACAAAGAUGAUUCUAAGAUACAUGUUAUAGUCAAACGUAAAUUAACAGAUCCAAUCAAAGAAGAAGAAACUGAAGAUGUUUGCAUUGAAAGAGAAAAACUUGAUAUUUCAGAGACUCCACUAAAUAUUAAAACUUGGAGCAAACACAGAAGAAAAAGAGAAAUUUCUGUUGAUGAAAAACAAAAUCAUAAUAGUUUAAAAGACUUUAAAUUAAGCUUAGAACAUAGGAAUAAAACAAUUGGAGCAUUUUUACAGAAACUAGUGACUGAUCCUAAAAGACAAAAAAGGGCGAUACUACCCGCUAUUUUUGUUGAGACAGCAGUAUUUGUAGAUAGAGAUCUUUAUAAACAUAUGACAGUGAAUUUUCCCAAGGACACGGAGAGGGAAUUAGUUAGAUUCGUUUUAGCUAUGAUUAAUGCCGUACAGUUGAUAUACCAUGACCCAUCGCUUGGAAGACCAGUGAAUUUUAUCCUUAAAAGGCUGGAGAUACUACACGAGGAUCCUGUUAACUUAAAAAGGCCUCAUGAUAUAGAUAGGUUUUUGAGUAAUUUUUGCACGUGGCAAAGGUUAGAAAACCCACCCGGUGACAAUGAUCCAUUACAUUGGGAUCACGCUUUGAUUUUGACUGGAUUAGAUUUAUACGUUGUAAAUAAAAAUGGCAAAGUCAGCAGCCAAGUUGUAGGGUUAGCUCCGGUCGCUGGAAUGUGCACAGUAACCAGCAGUUGCACAGUCAAUGAAGGCAGACAUUUUGAGAGUGUCUAUGUGGUAGCCCAUGAAAUCGGACACAAUCUAGGUAUGCGUCAUGACGGCCCCCAAGCUGACAACGGCUGCGAUCCUAGCGCCUACAUAAUGAGCCCGACGUUGGGAAGUGGCAAGAUCACCUGGUCUCAAUGCAGCAAGAACUACCUACAGAAAUUCCUUGACACAGUGCAGUCUCGAUGCUUGCUCGAUCACGGAAACUCGGCAGGUCAAUUGGAUCACAGUGCUGAAGGCAUAUUACCUGGAGAGAGAUUUGACGCCGAUCAACAAUGCAUGUUGAAGUAUGGAAGAGGCAGUCGACACUCCAACGCGCAGAACUUGGAAGAUAUCUGUAGGGACUUACACUGCCAGAGGGAACGGUACACCUGGACUUCCCACCCAGCGUUAGAAGGGACCAAGUGCGGAGAAGAUAUGUAUUGCCGCGGCGGCGAGUGCGUGGAGCGCGAGGGAUCGAGCGUGGUGCGGGGCGCGUGGGGCCGCUGGUCGGGGUGGUCGGAGUGCGCCUCCGCCUGUCUGCUGGACGACUCGCACGCGCCCGCCGCCGCUGGCGUGGCCGUCGCCAGCAGGCGCUGUAGCAGGCCCAGGCAUGACAACGGCAACAACUAUUGUUCAGGACACGAUAAGAAAUACCAAUCCUGCCAUGCGCAUCAGUGCAACAAUGUACCGCGGAUGACGGUGAGACAAUUCGCGGACCAAAUCUGUCUGAGAGCGCGAGACGUGGACCCUGACCUGAUCGGUACUGGCCUUCAAAGGAUUGACUCCGAUGAUGUAAGCAGCGCGUGCGCAGUUUGGUGCGACACCAGAGGCGGUGGAUAUAAGUCCCGAGGAUGGACGUUACCGGACGGCACCGCCUGCUCCAAGAUGUCCCCCAAAUUCUGCAUAUCCGGCGUGUGCCAGAAAUUCACGUGCAAUGGUAACGUCGACAACGAGUUCUCGCUGCGUCCCGGCGACUGCGAGUGGGAGGCGCUGCAGCUACAGACAGCGACCCCUUAUACUACACCGACCAAGUCAUCAGGCACGUGGCGUCGAGCAGUAGGCUCCCAAUGGCGCGCCAUCAGCGGCUGCCACUACCACUGCAUCGCCCCGGGCGUGGGCGUGCGUUUGGUGCGCUCCCCGUCCCAGCAGCCCAGCAUCCAGCUGUGCCGCCCCCAGCCACCCCGCCCCGCCCUGGGUUGCACUCAGCGUAAAACUCCGUAUCAAUACGCUACCAUGGUGUGCACUAAAUACAAGGAGAGGGUUAGAAGACUGUCCGGCUUGGGAAUGCAGAUAUCUCCAGUGCCAGAGGAUCCAGACCGACCUUGCCGUAUAGCAUGUCAAGACGAACAUGCGCCUCAUCGCUUCUACCUAGUGAACGGUCACGACGGGUGGUUCCCGCUGGGCACCGCGUGCGGCCGCAACAACGCCUCCUACUGCGUCAGCGGCAAGUGUCUGGAAUUCGGUCCAGACAACACCCCUUUAUCCGAGAUGGUAUACACAUUGCCUCUAUUGCCCCGCACUAGCGUUAUAUCUCGGCGCGCGCGCAGCCUCACGCGCCGCGUCACUGUACGCACCUCCAUCGACCCCCAGCAGCUGCGCGACAUUAUAGCGGCCCUCAACCUGUCCCUACACAACAGCAACGACCACAUGUAUUCAGAUUCAAUCCCCGACAACAUUGAGGUGGACUUCACCAACCCCAUACAUAUCGCACCUGAGGACACGCUGCUCAGCAAGAAACCAAGACCGACUUGGGACUGAACCAGGGAACUGGCAAUAUCAACAAGGAUCUUCCUAUCAGAGCCGCAAGCAGGAACUUUGACAUAUCCGCAAUCGUCAAAGUUUCUAUUGAAACUACGCAGCGCCACCUACCAGGCGUAAAAACAAAUUGGCUCAUGCCAUAGAAACUGAAGAUGGCGAAACGAUGGGUAUCUGUCAAAGGUCGUGCAUAAGGUACUCUACCCUUAGCACAAACCAAUAUCAAAUUCUUUACAUAAAUUCUAAACUUGAACAGCGCCACAACGGACGUUACGAGAAUUAAAAAUCAGCAGCACUAAAUUUUUGACGUUUGACGCGUAUCGGGAUCAAAUGUUAACUACUUGAGUUCGAUAAUGGUUCGUGCUUAGGAUACGGGACUAAAAUCGUAAAUGGGACGUCAGCCUUCCUGCCUGCCUAACUAAAUUCAAUAAAAGGCUACCAUCCUACCAACGCACUUGGUUCCUAGGUUUACCAUAUUGCAAAUCUCAUUUGUGUCAUCUGAGCAGGAGAAUAUAUCGAUCUACUGUUUAUUUUGGUAGGGGAGCUUGACUCGAGCGCGGCAGAAUACCAUAAGGAGGGCUAACUUAAGCGUUAUUUUUAAUUAAUAUCCCUCCAGUAGCUUCUAUUCAAAAGACUGCCGAUGUUGCCGCGACCAAAGUAGGUUUGUAGAUUUUUUUUGCUGCCCUACAUACAGGACUCAGUUAUGGUGGGGGUACUUCACAAGGUACAUGGCACUUAUGCUAUUCUGCCUCGCUCGGGUAAAUCCAGAAGUCCCCUAUAAUAGGGGUGAUGACGGGGUACAGUAAACGAAAUUCUAUUUAGUCUGUCAGUUAGAUGAUCAA